CUGGCACGAGCCCCCUUCACAGAGUUCGUGGCCCUUUCGUUUUGCGCGUUCGCCUUCUGCUGGCUGCUUCUCUUUGGCGUCCAUCUCCUUACGUGUGUGUACAAUGCGUGCUUCGCGAAACUCUACUGGGGCUUCGAUUCGACAGUUUUGAGCUACGUACUCGAGACCUAUGGAUACAACGUCGGAAUCCUGCGAGAGCAUUUUCGUAGUAUUGCUUUCGUGCACGCGAUCUUGGCCGCUACGCUCGGCGCAUGCGCUCUACACAUGGUGAUCGGUUUGUGCUGGCAUCGGCCUUCGUCAUGCUUUACUAUACCUGGUCGUUGUAUUAAAUCCAGCAGCAACGCGAGCAAGGAAAACAUCAAGUCUAGAGCCCAACACACCUGUUAUGCUCGGGUACUUGGGUGGAUAUACCGUGCAGUUCAUCGAUGGCGUGGAUUGUUUGGUGUGAACGGAAGAUACUUCCACGGUGCCGUCAUUAGUCGAGAGGUCCUGGAGACCGUUCUUCAGACUAUACAAGCAUUUCGUGUGAGCAAAUAUCUUGCAGACACUCGCCUCAACGGGUUCUACAUCGUUUGCUGGUGUUCAAUUGUUGGUCGUCCUUGA